GAUACCACUCUAAGCACCACACCCUUGCCAAUUUUCCCUGCUCUGGAGAAUGUAGGAGACUGGGAUCUGGAACUCAACAUAGAUGAUAAGUUCAAGACUGACAAGGAGGUCAACGUCCAUGUGCAGCUGAUUAUGAAUGAGGAGCAAUCCUCUGGAGUUGACACCCUGCGAAGAGCGUUCAACCAUCUCAUCACAGUGAAUGACACCAUGUCCUUCAGGUACUGGGUAAGCAAAGCAAUGCCAGAAGAGGUGGCCUACAGAUAUGUCUGUAUCCCUCAUGUACCUGGGUUCUGGGAUCACGUUGUGGUGGGAACCCGUCCCCUUCCCAGAACGGAGAAGCUGAUCGGACCUGAUGACUCCUUACCGAGAUUGUUCAAUGUGUCACUUGGGUCCUACAGGUUUCAUUGGUGCUGUUUUGUCUUGAAGAAACAGAUCAUUUUGACUAUGUGGUGCACUUUGUUGCCCAGGAGAGGGCAGUCUAAGGUCGUCACAGUUGUUGACAACACACUGAGAAACCUCACCUCGAGCAUAGAGUUUAGAAGAAUGGUAUUCUAUCUUUGUAGGUGGUUUACAGCUCAGUACGUGUCACCACAAGACAGGCGGCUUAACCUUGUGUUAGAUUGUAAACCCAGUGAAGGUGCUACUUUGGUCCAUGUCAUAGCUUUGUUGGCCUCCAGGAUUGGGAUGGAAACAGUAACACCUCACCUGGCCCAGCAACGGACCAAAGAUGAUAGCAAUUACUGUUUCAAUGGCAGGAAUGCCAACAGCAUGUUCACAUGCCCCUCAGACGGUAAUUCAGGAGGUAAUUACAUCGAUAUUGUUGAGGAGUUUAGCUCCUACCACAACAGUGGCGAUGAUGUUAUUGGUCUCACUCACAUGUCCACAACCACAGUGUUACAGCUUCCUUUAAAGUAGAGCAAUGAUGUUUGUCUAGUGUUACCUCA